CCCCCCUCCCCGCGUUUGGAAAGAAUCGAGAGAGAGAAAGAGAAAAAGCGAGUCGGGCCUGGCCGGGCUCGCGCCUCCCCCCCUCCCCGCGCAGCCCCCCGGAUCGAUACCUGGGCCAGUUUCCGUACACAUCGGCACAAGUCUGGGCUUUGCUGUUCGUAGGUCAGCCUAUGCACCUCCUCUGUGCUCUCAGGACUUUCAGGAAAUAGUUUAACUUGUGAUUGAUCCACGUGAAGAUUUAAGAAACAUCCUGGCAAUCUAGAACACCUUACUUUCUCUAAUAAAUCAUACUGUGGGUUUAAAGAAGAGCCUGUCCAAAUGAGCAAGACAUCACAGCAGAACACAACUGCAGAAAGCAACGGAGUAAGUGUCAUCUACACCCAAGCACAAGCGAGUGGGUUGCAGCAGGUUCCUCAGUUGGUGCCUAUUAGUCCUGGAGGUGGAGGCAAAGCUACGCCUCCCAGUAAGCAGGGCAAGAAGAAUUCCACAAUUGAUAGAAACAGUGAUGAGUACCGCCAGCGCAGGGAGCGCAACAACAUGGCGGUGAAAAAGAGUCGUUUGAAAAGCAAGCAGAAGGCCCAGGAUACUCUGCAGAGGGUCAACCAGCUCAAAGAGGAGAAUGAACGCUUGGAGGCUAAAAUCAAGCUCCUGACAAAGGAACUGAGUGUACUCAAAGACUUGUUUCUUGAACACGCUCACAACUUCACAGACAGUGUGCAACCUCUUGGCACAGAAAGCACUGCCACAAAUUCAGAUGGCUCUGGACAAUAGGUGCCCUUUCUCAGCUCAUGGGCAGAACAGUAUGGACACAGCCCUCCUUACACAAGCCAGGUGCAGCAGCAGAGAAACUUCUCUAAACUUUGUAACAUCUGUCAUUUUGUGGCUUGUUCUGUUUUUCUAAAUAGUAGGCUUAACACUGAAAGGUUGUUUCAAGUAAACUGCAAACUGUUUAUUACUAAGUAUUUGUUUUUCAUUAAGUGUUAAUGUAUUUUCUGCUCUGGCAUUUUUGACUAAAUGAAAUGAUAAAAAUGAACAAACACCCCCAAAAUUUACAUCAGUAAACAUUGGCCCGCAGUACUUGGGCAACUAUAAUUAAAUGAUUAGUUGUUUAAUGUA